AUGAAUGUGGCAGUUACAGAUGCGGGAGGGGAUGCUCCCGCCCUCAGCCCGGGGAGGGGGCCCCGCGCCGCCCCGCGUCCCCGCGCCCCUCGCCGUGCGCUCGUGCCCGCGCCAGGCCAGACCGCCCCGCGGCCGGGGCCGAGGCCGGCGCGUGCUCCCUCCCCGCCCGCGGUGCCCGCCGCUGAGCCGGGGGCCCGGCGCCACCCACGCGUCCCGGAGCCCCGCGCGCGGCCGGCGGCUGCUGGUCGCGGACGCUCGUGGCCGGCGAAGCCCGCGCGGGUGCGGGCGCCGCGCGCGGGGCCUCCCCGCCUCCCCGCCGGGGCCGGGGCCGGGCGCCCGCAGAGCCCGCCGGAGAGCGGGACGGCAGGGCCCUCCCGGGGCAGCCCGGCCGCCCAGGGCCCCGCGCGCCGCUGCGUCCCGGCCAUGGCCUCUGCGCCCGGCCCCGAAGCCGAUGCGCGCGGGGGCGCCGGCUGGAGAGCCGACUGCGGCCCCGACAUGCACGUGAAGAUGUGCAAGAAGAUCGCCCAGCUCACCAAGGUGAGGCGCGGCGCCGGGGGCCGGGAGGGAGCACCCGCGCCGGAGCGGGUCCCGGGGGCCGGCCCGCAGGGGAGCGGUCCCCAGCCUCGGCGACCCUCUGGGGCGCCGUCCUGCAGCGGCGGAGAGAAGGGGGCCUUGCCGGGGAAGCUCCUUCAGCCUGAGCAGGGGCCUCCCGCUGACGCGCUCGUGGGCUCCCCGCAGGUGAUCUGCGGCCUCCACGCCCGGCAGGACGAGGCCGAGGCGGGCCUGGAGGCGCUGCGCGCGGCGGUGGCCGACGCCGAGGCCCGGCUGAGGCGCGCGCAGGAGGCGCAGGAGGGCCCGGACUCGCCGGACGCGCCGGAGCCCCCGCUCCCCGGGGAGGACCCGGAGCCCCAGGCCGGGCCGGGCCGCGGCCCCGACGCGCGGGCGGCGCCGCUGGAGGCGGAGCGGCUGCGCGCGGAGACCCGGCGGCUGCGCGAGGCCUGCGCGCGCGAGGCCGAGGCCGUCCGGCGGGCCGCGCAGCCGUCGGCGAGCCGGGCGCUGCGGCAGUGGCGGGAGCAGGAGGCCGAGCUCCGCGAGAAGCCCCAGGCCCAGCAGGCGGCCCUGCAGGCGCGCGUCCGGAAGCUGGAAGCGGCGCUGGAGCACAGAGGCCGCAAGGUCGGCGACCUGAAGAGGGACGCGCAGAAGCUGAGGGAGCGCGCGCAGGACCUGGAUGUGCAGCUCAAGGAGGCUCGACGGGAGAAUUCAGAGUUGAAAAGCACCGCAAAAAAACUUGAGGAGAAGCUCGCUGUUGCCAAUGACAGGCUGAUGUUGCUGGAGUGUCGUGUGACACAGAAGACCGAUGACAUGAAGACAGAGAGAAUUUCAGAGAAUGAAGUCCUAGAGAAAGAGGAUGAUUUGGAAGCCUGCCGUCUCCAUCCUCAGCAGGAUCAGAACUUUCCCAAGGAGUGUCCAUGCACGAAAGGAGGCACAGAUACACAGACGAAGAAAGAGGCGUGUAUUGAGACAGACUAUAUGAAGCAAAAAUAUGAAGAAGACCUUCGUAAAAUCAAACAUCAGACAGAAGAGGAGAAGAAACAUCUCAAAGACCAGCUGGUGAGGCAUCUAGAAGACUUGGUGAAGAAGCACACAGUAGAAAUCAAGUCAGUUCGCUCGUUAGUGGAAGCUGAAAGGAAGAGGCUGCAGAAGGAAGUAGAAGCACAGUUGGAGGAAGUGAAGAAGAAAUCAGAAAAUGAAAUAAAGCAGCUGGAAGAAGAGAAAGCGGCCCUGAGCGUGAAGCUGCAGGACUCACUGCUGGAGGUUUUAAGGCUGAAAGAAUUUAUCCAACAGAAUAAGGUACAUCCCACAAGAGGUGAUGAAAAGGCCCAGGAACUGGACUGCCAGCACUGCAACAUUGUAGAGACCCAGGAUCCGUGCUUGAGGCCGAAUGAACCUUCUCAGACUCUGCCCAGAGAAGAAGAGUAUCAAGAUAAGUUAGCAGCUGAAGAAGGAACCAGCAGCGAUGAAGAGGAAAGGAUCGAAGUGCCCCUCAAGGAGGGAAGUGACCUGCAGCCUCCACUGGAGGAGGAGAAGGAGAAGGCACCGGAAAUCCAGCGUCUGCAGGAGGAGUGGCAGAGACAGAAGGCCAAGUUGCAAGCCCAGGUCUCGCAGUUGCAGCAGGCCCUGGAGCAGUGCGCCAGCGGCUACAGGGAGGACCUGCGGGAGCUCAAGCAGUUCUCCGACCGCGAGCGGGAGCAGCUGCAGCGCGAGCUCCAGGAGACCAUCCAGCAGCAUCAGGCGGCGAAAGCUCAGCUUGAGUCUGCCCACCAGCGAGCCCUCCGCGUGCUCGAGAAGGCCAGACACCAGGACGUCAAGGCCACAGAGGAGCGCUUGAAGAAGGAAUCCAGCCACAGCCUCCAGGUCCAGCACCAGGCACACCAGCUGGAGCUGCAGGCCUUGGAGGAAAAGGCCCGGCAAGAGCUCCAGGGGCAGCUGGAGAGGCUGCGGGCUCAGCAGGCGCUGCUGCUAGAGUCCCUGAGGCAGGAGCUGGCGCAGCAGCGAGCCAUCUGCUCCGAGCACCGGGAGGACCCGGAGGUGCUGCCGGCAGAGCUGGACGCCCAGGGCAGCGUGGGCCGGCGACAGGCCGUCACCCAGAGGCCAGGGCACAGCGACGGCCACACCGGCCCCGCAGAGCAGAGCGGCUCCCCGGAGGGCGUGGGCGCCCAGGAGCAGCAGCCUGGAGGCGGAUGUGGCCUCCAGGAGGAGAACACGCAGCUCAGGGAGGCCGUGCGUCUGCUGCAGGCGGAGGUGCAGCAGCUCCGCGACCGGCGCAGGUUCUACAGGCCACCCAGCAGAGCGGGGCGAAACUCCAGUGCGCUGGAGGUUCAGACCCUAGAGCCUGGACAAGCCCCGCUGUGCCUCCACACCCCUGCCCCUCCCUGCAGGCUGCUGGAGGAGGGCCAGCAAGCCCAGCGGGCCCGGGAGGUGGAGCUGCUGUGCCAGCAACACCAGCAGGAGGUGCAGUCCAUGGUGGCCGACUUCAGCAGAGCUCAAGCCCGGCUCCAGGCCCGGCUGGCUGCCCUGGAAGCGGAACGGAAAGAUUCUGGAGAGAAGCCUGGGAAGGGGGCGUCCAUGCCGGAGGACGUUCAGCUCAUAGGCCGUCUGCAGACCCGCCUGAAGGAGAGGGAGGAGGUCAUCAAGCAGCUCACGAAGGAGAGAAGAUUUCACUACACAGCCUUCCCCAGCGCAGUGUCCCAUCGGAAUCGGUCCUUCUCUUUCAAUCCUCACCCGGGGUACCUGACCCCUUCCAUGAAGAAGAAGGUGAUGGAGGAAGUGCCCAGCCGAGUGGUCAGUGUGCCAAACCUUGCUUCCUAUGCCAAGAAUUUUCUGAGUGGCGACCUGAGCUCCAGGAUCAGUGCCCCUCCAAUAACUAAGUCACCCAGUUUGGACCCAGGCCCCACCUGUGGCCGGCCUUACAAACCCAGCCCAUCUCUAGAUGCGAAAACCGCCACAAGAACACAAGAUGAUGAACCAGCCCAACCCAAAGAAGUCCAGCAGAAGCAGGGCCCCGCUCACCAGGAAUGGUUUACCAAAUAUUUUUCUUUCUAAACGGAUCCUUGGGAUAUCAUAAAGAGGAUAUUUGGAAAACAUUUCUUUUGAAACCUCGGACUGAAGGAAUGAACUAAAAAGCCAACCAACCAAAUAACUUGCUUGUAAUAUGAUUUACAUAUAUAGCGAAGAAAAAUUCUUCAAUUAACAUGUCAUACUUUUCACUGUGACAUUAAAACGAUCCAGUGUUAACAGAAAGCACCCACAGGGAAAUAUUAUUGUUACUGAUGGCCUACACGUGAUAUUUCCAGUGUCCAGAAGACUGCACUCCGCCUUGUGGAAUAUCAGACAUUGUGAUUUCCAUGGUCUGCUUUUAAAGUGGUUUCAUUUUUCCUAGGAUGCUGGUGAAGUAUUUCUGUGUAAAUGAUUUAAUUCCAAAAUGCACAUGUAACCUCAACAGGUAGAAGAAUAAAACAAAGCUCAAAAUAACCAGGACAGCCAAUUUUAAAAAACAAAACAAAGAGAACAAAACUACUAGGAAUGGACUAUAGCCAACUUUGGCAUACUUGGGUCAAGUAUGUUGACUUCCUAGGUCUGGGACAUGAAGAAAAUUAGAGAGGGCAUAACACAUACCUCAAAGGGGCUUUUUGAGGUUUAAGCAAAAUAUGGGUAACGAUACUAAUCAUGGACUGGAAUUAAGCCUCGGCAAGAUUUUUUGGUGGGUGAGCCUUGCCCGUCAUAUAUCUCCGUUUCAACAACUGUAGCAUCACCUUGGUCAUUGGUGAAGGUUUCUAGAUUAUCUGUUCUUUGAAGUCAAAGAUCAACUGAACCUCUAGUUUUGCCUCACGGUGCGUUGCUUCCCCGUUGCAUGGACCCUCGGUAGAUUAAAGGGAACUGGGAAUGGCCAUUCACGGUGCUGAGUUGUCUGACCCUCUGAUGGGGCAGUGCGAUUUGACAAGACUCAAUACAACUUCUAGUGGGCAAAACACAUCCGCACUCUGGUGCUGGCCCAGCAGGUGGCCCAUAAACAGUUGUCUAUUCUAUGCAGUCAAAUCUUUGCUCUUUGAAUAAAACUUUAAACAAGUGAGCAAUAAAAAUGGGUGUGACUUGUAUUGAUUUUCCAAAGAAAGGUGAAA